AUGUUCAAGUCUCGCUGUCGCUGGUUCGUCAUCAACUUCAUCGAAGACUCCAGGUUGGCCAUGGCCAUCCUCCCUGCUAGUGACGCCAGCGGGUCUGGCCACUCACCGCCAGCCACGCGACGGCAUUCGCGCCCAAAGCUCCCGCAGCUCUCCACUGGCACCACUCACCCACGCACCAACGCGAAGCGCGCCCGCACACCGCACACCGCAUCGCAAGGCAGCGAGCUCUCAACCCCGUCGAGACCCAACCUCCUCCAGUCAUCUCCCCAGUCACAUCGAGUCCGCGCCCACCUCGUGACCUCAGAGGCUCUCAAAGGAAACGACGACGACGAACAAAUCCAUUGUUCAACUCGAAGGGAGGAAACAAUGGGAUACAUUGCAAACACGCCCGAGGAGCGCCUCGAGCGAUCAGACUCGAAGAAUCCAAAGACAACGUGCAAGGGCCUCACGGGCGCAGGAAACCUAUGCCGCAACUCAGUCACGCCCGCGAGGGGCAAGAUGCUUUCGCCAACGGCCAAGGAGGAGUCGCUCUACUGCCACCACCACAAAGACCAGGCUGCAAGUCGCUCUGCACAGUCGAGUCCCGGCCCUAGACUGUCCGGCAGACCCAUCUUGGAAGAGCGAACGAGCAUCGACACUCUCGCGGACCGUCUUGGCCUGGUGGACGUAGGCUCCAACCCAACCAAGAAACAGAAACGGCCUCAUGGAGGACGGCUCAGUGGCGGUAGUGGGACACAAACCACGAGCGCCUCGAAGCCGCCCUCGGCAUAUACACGUCCGCCGCAAAAGCAGCGCAAGGAAUUACACCUCUGCUGCUGCUUCAGCAUCCCCAUCGACGAGGUCCAGGAAUCCCAGCCCGCCCCUCGGCCCCAGCCGCGACCGGUGCAGAACGGCGGCUCCGCAGCCAUGCCCCGGCCCUCGAGCCAGCUCCUGGCCCCUUCGAAUUCGCGCCCGCGACCGAGCACGUCGAGCCACUCCCGGAAGAGCUCCCAGCAGGCGUCCCCUCAGCCGCUCUCGACGUCCCAGACAGCGCAGUACCUAUCACUCAUCCCCCCAUCGACCGACCCCCAGACAGCAUCGGCGCUCAUGGCGGAGUUGGCGAGGCCGUACGGCAGCUCUGAAGAAGCGGGCUACAUCUACAUGUUUUGGAUCACCCCGACUUCCAAAAAGGAGGCGGCCCCUGUGCAGGAAGCGAGAUCGCUGCUUGCACCGCCUUCGCCAGCCCGGGGCGUGGGACGCAACCGACGGUCUAGCGACGUGGUAUCGGCCUUUGCAAACGCCAACGGCGGCGCAUCGGGAGACAAUAAGAUGCUCAUCAAGAUUGGACGGGCGCAGAACGUCCAGCGCAGGAUGCAACAGUGGACAAAGCAGUGUUCCUACGAGAUCGAGGUACUGCGGUACUACCCGUACAUACCGGGAGCGAGCGCGGCAUCGGGACAGCAACCGCGCAUGACGCCGCAUGUGCACCGCGUCGAGCGGCUCAUCCACAUUGAGCUGUCGGGCAUGGGACUGCAUGCCGGGCCCAUAACGUGUGCCGGAUGCACUUCGGUGCACCGCGAGUGGUUUGAGGUGCAGACGUCCAAGAAGGGCAUCGGCGCGGUGGACGAUGUGAUUCGGAGAUGGGUUGACUGGGACGAGACGACUGUUUGA